GAAGGAGGCUGCUCGGUUGGUGCGGAAUCGUUUGGUUCGCAACCCACAGUCGACGGAGGCUCGAUUACUGGUCUUUCGCUCGAUGGCACGUGCGGUGCGGAGGGGCGACUCGAGGCUGGCUCAGCGUCUGCUCUCUUCUUCUGCUCUUGCUCGUGAGCACUUGCGUGUGGCAGGGGGCCUGGUGGAGCUCCGCGACACUGUUGCUUUCGCCCGUGCAUUCACCCUUGAGCAGCAAGCUUUCUCGGCUGAAAGGGAGGCGGCCCUCGCUCAACGCGAGGCGCGCGCAAAGCCAGACGCAGCGUCUCUUUCUUUCAUCAACGCUCAACGUCGCGCGCUUCGCAGGAGGGCCUCGCUUUGGGCGCCUUUCGCACGCGCUUUGAAGCUGCAGGGCCUCCGCCUUCCUGGCGACGGCGAGGUGGUGGACUCUCAGAAGGAUAUGCUUGCGGAGUUGCGUCGGCACUGGGGCCUUGUGUUUCAGCGCAAACCGAGGUGCUCCAACUGGGCCCAGCUUGCUGACAAGUAUCUCGCGAAGUUCGGCACGCAGUUUGACUUCUCUAAAGUGCUCCCUCCGACAGCGUCUCAGCUGAUGGAGGCUGCUCGCCGCGCUCGGCCUUCUGCUCCAGGGCCUGAUGGGUUACCCUGCGAGGCGCGGCGCAGGUCACCGUUGGGGGCGCAAGCGCUGGAGGAAGUUACUCUGGACCUGGCUGCUGGCUUGCCACCACCGACGGAUUGGAAUGAACAUCUCGUGGUGUUUCUCCCCGAGGGAAAGGAGGCUUCGGACGACACCGCAGGGGCGUUUCUUUCGGCCUCAACUACCGGAGCGCUUUCUUUGAAGAGCUCGGAUUGCAAGUUAGUGGCGAGUGCGAUUAAUGCUAAACUCAAAAGGACGGUGGCGGCUACAUCUCCUGAGGCCCAGCGGGGCUUCUUGGUCGGCAGGAACUUUCUUAAUUAUACCACGCUGCUUGACACAUAUGCGAGGGCAUGUGGUUUUCAGAGUAAAUAUGAGCAUCCAGUCGUGGUCCUAUAUGAUUUCGGGGAUGCCUUCCCCUCGCUCGAGACCGAGUGGCUUCUCAAGUCGCUCUCUCGCGCUGGGGUGGAGGACGGCAUUUUCGCGCUGCUGGCUUCUCUAUAUUGGCUGCCGACGCCAUAUGUUCAGGUUGCUGGCUUACAGCAGCACUUCCUUUGUAUCACCUGUGGACCUGGCGCAAGGAUGUCAGUCCAGCGGCGCGCUCUGGGCGAUUGCGAUGAACCAUUCGUGAAGGCGAUGCAGGUUUUACUUCGUCCGUGCUGCCGCUCUGCGGUUGGUGUCUGUGCCGAUAAUGUGGGCGCGACUCUGCAGCAGCGGGCCCUUCAGGAGGGCAUGUGGCACGUCUUUCGGUCAGCUGACGUCCUGGGUGGUCUCAGGCUCAAACUGCACAAGUGCGUCACCAUUCCACUGGGGGGCGAAUUCUCGCCUGAGCUGGAAAAGGACAUGCGACAGUGUCUGAUGGCUCGCGUUCCUUCGUGGGCUGCCAUGAGUGUUGCUGCCUCUGGUGAAUACUUGGGUGUGCAGGUGGGCCCUGCGGCUGACGAGCACAGCAUCUGGCGCAAGGCGGCGGCCAAGUGGACAUUGCGAGUGCUGGAGUUGGCCAGGUCGGGCGCCCAUGUGUUCACGGCUGCUGACAUUUACAACAAAUGCGUUCAUCCUGUGCUGGGGUAUCUACGGCAACUUUAUCCUGCGCCGAAGGUGCCUCUGGCGAGGGAGGCGUGGGCUCUGCGCAAAAUAUGGCAUCUACCACCGCAGUGUAUGUAUCGGGCCGAUAUCUUCGCGUUGGCCAACUGGGCUCACUUCCGCACCAUGUCAAUGUUGCCUCGCGGCACUGCCACCCUGGCGAGGGCGGCGGAGCAGGCAGUGACCAAUUGGCGUUCUCUCUUGGAUUGGUUACGCGAAGAGGUGUGCUCGCGCGGAUCAUCGGCUGACAUUGGGCGGGGGCAUCUCUCCUCUGCUUUCUGGAGGCAACGACCAACGGUGCAGUUCCUGGACAGGGCCCGCCACAACUAUGCUCAGCGGCCACCGCCUGGGGCGAUUCCAGUCGACAAGACGCUCCAUGGUCCUGCGAUGCGGGCACGUCCCCAAGCGAAUGAGGCGUCGACGCCAGCACCAACGCCAGCACCGACGAUGUCAUUGUCCUCCGCCACCGGCGAUCCACACUUGCAGAACAUGUUCGGUCAGCGGUUCGAUUUGGUGAGGCCAGGCAAAGCUGUCUUGGUCAGCGUCCCGCGCGGAACGCCCGUCGAUGAUGCGCUGCUUGUUGUAGAGGCCGACGCGCGUCGACUGGGGACACACUGCUCGGAAAUGUACUUCCAGGAGAUCAACGCCACAGGGACGUGGGCGAACAAGGUGCGGCCUGGAGGCUUUCACUUCGACGCUCACGACGCGCGUGACGAGACGCCGAAGUGGCUGAAACUCGGGCUUGUGGAGCUCAAAGUCGGCAGCGGUCACACCGACAAGGGGCAGCCGUAUCUGAACGUCUACGUCAAGAACCUUCAGCGCACUGGGUAUCGUGUCGGAGGGCUGCUGGGAGAGGAUGACCACACGGAGGCGGCGGCGCCUGAGAAAGGGUGCCAGAAGAUAUUGUCCCUCGAGGCGCGGUUGUAUGGUCAAGCUUCGGAUCUAAACGGUUCCGUCGCAAUUGGCUACUGAGCCGAGGGCUCCCAGCUCCGCGCGGGGCGGUCGAGCCCGCCCGCCCGCCCGCAAGGGGUGAAUUGGUGUGUCCCGCCGACAUUUACUUCGAAUUCCAGAGACCUAUAGGGAUCUGCGACGACAGAGCGUACAUAUUUACAGUGUCCUGCUGUGACAGAGCGCAUCCUCUCUUUCUCCUGUUCUUCCUUCCCCUCCUCUUCCUCCUCCUCGCGUAGCGUGCUGCCGCUUGUUUGAAUCGAUGUCAAGCGUGUGCGCGCCUCGACUCCGUGCAACCGCGUUCGGCCGUCUCCGUUGCAGACGGUGGACGGAGCAGGUCAGGGUUAGCAGGAGGGAUGCUUCGGAAAGAAAUCAUACAUGUAAGAAUUCAGACACCGAAAUUCAAGACUGAAUGGUCCUCUGGUACUUCUUCAGGUGAGCUUCAUAAGCUUGCGAUAUCAAAAAACGGUGCGUAAUGUUCCGUGGCGCCGAUGGCGCGAAAUUUUGUGUAUUCCUGGUUUGUGUUUUGGGAACUCAAUGUCCCCGUUGCCGAGCAGUCCCCUUCGCCCCAGGGCCCGCAGGUUUUCUUUGGAGUCCUGGGCUGUAAGUGGGCGCGCGUGCAGCAAAGGUUUUGUCCAUAGCCUUGCGUUACAGCCUCCUUCGAGUGCCCCCCAUCCGCAUCCUCCUCAUCCUUCCUUCCUCUACGCAUGUCUCCCCUCUUCCAUUUUCCACUUGCCAUGCGUUUUGCAUUGUCUUGCGGCGGAUCCCCAGCCCGUCCUAGAGUUGUCCGCUCGCUGCGAGUUCUCUCCGAUGUCGCUGAUGCGGUGACGUGGCCGCGCGUGCAGAGCGCAUGUCGUUCCUUGUCCCUCCUCUCUGUCGAGGACUGUGUCCUCGACCUCUGCCUUCCCCACUUUCCUGUUGCUUCUUUUGAUCCGUGAGCCACUCAAAUCCGGAUGCUCGCGCGGAGCUCCGCCUGUGCCUUUGCGUGCAGACAUGACUGCGCCUGACUCCCGUGGGUUUUCGAGGGCCGGUGACGUCGCGAUUCUCGGCGGCGGCG